GGGCGCAGAGCAUCCCUCACUGCAGAGCAUCCAGUGGCUACUGAGCAUCUCCCUCAGCAGAGCAUCCUCUGGGCACGGAGCAGGAGACAGAUUCACUGCUGCAUGUAGAUACCCCAAGACAGAUCAGUGAAAACGUGAGACUGCUCCAGGAAGAUGCAGCACCGAGGCCUUCAUCUGUCUGCGCUUCUCCUCAGCGCUCUGCUGCACUGUGCUGCUUCUAACAAGGGUAACAAGCACAAGCCAUGGAUAGAGGCGCAGUACCAAGGGAUAAUCAUGGAGAAUGACCACACUGUGUUGCUUAACCCUCCCCUGUUUGCUCUGGACAAAGAUGCCCCACUGAGAUAUGCAGGUGAGAUUUGUGGAUUCCGGAUUCAUGGCUCUGGUACCCCCUUUGAAGCUGUGGUUCUAGAUCGGACAACGGGAGAAGGGCUGAUAAGAGCCAAGGGCCCUGUAGACUGCGAGGCCCAGAGGGAGCACACCUUCACUAUCCAAGCACAUGACUGCGGAGAGGGGCCUGAUGGGGUGAACAGCAAAAAAUCUCACAAGGCCACAGUUCACGUGCGCGUGAAUGAUGUCAAUGAAUUUGCCCCGGUGUUUGGAGAACGGGUUUUCAAAGCCUCAGUCACUGAGGGGCGAAUGUAUGAGCGGGUUCUACGGGUGCAAGCUUGGGACCAGGACUGUUCUCCCCAGUACAGCCAAGUCUGCUUCUACCAGAUACUCACUCCCAAUGUGCCCUUCACCAUUGACAAUGAUGGCUACAUAAAGAACACACAGCCACUGCAGGCCAGCGGGGAGAAGUUGAUCCGAUUUACAGUCACGGCCUACGACUGCGGCAAGAAGAGAGCUGUUGAGGACGCAGAAGUUGAAAUACAAGUCAAACCAACUUGCAAACCGAGCUGGAAAGGCUGGAACAAACGCAUUGAGUAUGUGCCUGGUUCCGGCAGCUUGGCCUUGUUUCCCAACAUUCAUUUGGAGACGUGCGAUGAGCCAGUGGGGAACAUUCAGGCCACUGUGGAAAUCCAGACAAGCCACAUUGCCAAGGGCUGUGACCGAGACAAUUACUCCGAGAAGGCCCUGCGCAAGCUUUGCGGAGCAUCCCCAGGGGACGUGGACCUUAUGCCACCCCCCAGUCCCAUCCAUAACUGGACUCACAGUCUCCCAGUUCAGGACACACAAGACAGCAGCCUUGUCUUUUGGUUUAAUGGAUCCCAAUCCGUGGAAGUUGCCCCCAGUCACCUACCAGCAGGGGGCAGAACUGCGGACCACCUGACUCUCUCGUUCUGGUUGAAGCACGCCGGGGGGAGCGGGGGACGGGCGGGGAAGGAAGAAGAGGUGCUUCUGUGUAACACGGUGCAGAAUGGAGAUGGGAGCUUCUCUCAUUAUACACUGGCUGUACAUGGCUGCCGGAUCUCCUUUCUCUAUUGGUCUCUUCUGGAAAGUGCCCGUCCUGUUAAGUUCCUUUGGAAACUGGAGCAGGUGUGUGACGUAGAAUGGCACCAUUACGCUCUCAGUCUGGAGUUCCCGACAGUCUCUCUGUAUGUGGAUGGAGUGACCUACGACCCUGCGCUUAUCCACGACAACGGUGCUCUCCCCCCUCCCAGGCGCCAGGCUCGGCUAAUGAUCGGGGGGUGCUGGGCAGAGGAGAAAUUGUCCGUUAAAGUGGACGACAACGAGACAACGAGAGUGACAGGCACAUUCCCAGGGCGCUUCCUGAGGGGCUACAUGUCGGGCCUGACCCUGAGGCUGGGGCCUGUGGAUUCCCGGGAGGUGAUCGAGUGCCUGUAUUCCUGUAAGGAGGGAUUGCAGUAUACGGAUUUCGACAGUCUGGGAAAAGGAAUGAAGGUUCACGUCAACCCAGCCCAGUCCCAGCUGUCCCUGGAAGGGGACGAUGCCCAUUCGUUUAGCCGCGCGCUACAGCACGUAGAGUACCUCAACUCAUUGCAGUUUCCCACCCCAGGAGUGAGGCCUCUCAAACUGCAGACUAUAGUCAAGUGCCCCAGUGAUGAAGGCUGUCUCUCAGUGCCAGAUUUGGAAGGAUACCUUGUAGUUUUGCAGCCCGAUGCUCCACAGGUUCAACUUUCUGGCUCGCCUCGCUCUGCACACCCCGUCUCUGACUUCCAGGGGCCAGUGGGGGUCCCCAUAUUCCCAGACCUGAAGAUUACCUGCUCAGUGUCUCAUCCCAUCAGCCCAAACAAGCAGGAGAGAGCUCCCAGGGCUGAUAUGCAGUCUCCUGAUGGGAUUGAGUGCUCUCUAGAAAAGUGUGAGGUUGGCGUGGUAGGAGAGGACCUGAACGUGGAGUAUGAAAGUCUGUCUGUGGAUGUCUCUUCUACAUGGCAACGUGGCCUUGAGAUGGAGAACAGCUCCAGGAGCCUAAAGAUCACAGGGGUGCAGAGUGUGGCUGUGUAUGAGGAUAUCCUGCGCGGCUUGACUUACCGAACAGUGGCUAGAGCAGCUUUAUUUGCCCGCAAAUUCCAUGUGUCCUGCAGCGAAAUGAAUGGGAGGUAUAUCAGCAACCAGCUAUAUACAGAGGUUGAUGUGUUACAUGGAAUCCACGCUGGGUCCCCCAAUCAUGUUCUCUCCGCCCAGCAAUUUGUCCAUAGUGCACACCAGGCCCCUGCAGAGUUAUCAGGCCACACGCUGGCCAAUCCCAACCCCAGCUCGGUCUUCCCAGGCGUGGCCAUGGUGAUAAUCAUUGUGUGUAUUGGCUUCUUGGCACUGAUUGUCACACUGGGCUUGUCACGGAUACACAGUGUGCGGCAAAGAGAUGGCAAUGAGGGGGCAGAGCUGGAGGCAGCGACUCAGAGAGAUACGUUCUGGGAAGACUCAGCCAUGACGAUUACUGUUAACCCAAUGGAGUCCUUGCAGUCUCGUGGCUUGGUAUCAGCACAGAAGGAGCCCGUAUCAGAGCGAAGGGAACCAAAUGAGGAAUCCGGUUGAUUGGACCCACGAAUGUUGUUUCUUCUCAUCCACCCAUCUGUGUACUUUUUUGCCUAUGUGUGAUUUCAGACUCUUUCCACUGGGGAUGCGCCACACAUCUCUCCAUAGGAUGAGUACUAGUCCCUGAAGAUCCGUACUGUGGGGGAGAGAGCACAGUUCAUCUUCUGUGGGGUGUGUGCCACCUUGUUACUCUCCUUUCUUUGUGGGAGGGGCUCCUUGGGCCUCUGUCGUUGUGGGAGGAGCUCCUUGGGCCCAUGAGUUUCCCCCCAUCAGCCUCUCACCUCUCUGUGGGUGUGUACCACCUUGUCGUUGUGGGAGGAACUCCUUGGGCCCAUGAGUUCCCCAAUGGCCUCUCACCUCUCUGUGGGUGUGUGCCACCUUGUCAUUGUGGGAGGAGCUCCUUGGGCCGCCCCUGUCAUUGUGGGAGGAGCUCCUUGGGCCCAUGAGUUUCCCCGACGGCCUCUCGCCUCCCUGUGGAGCGGGCGCCACAUUCCUCCAAUCAUUUCUGUGAGCUGUGCAUCAAAUCUGCCCCAUCUCUUCAUCCAACUUCCAUCUCCAGUUACUUUGUGAGCGUCACGUCCAUAGCUUGUGUGUUGGGAGGGAGGGGGGGGGGCUACCAACAUCCUGAUACUUUUCUAAGUCCGUUCUGCCGACUUUUAUUUCUUUCCUUUGAGCGUGUGAAUGUGUAUGCGGCGUUUGGCUGGCCGUAGCGCUCUGCCUCAUUCUGGGCGCCACCAACAACAUCAUUUCUCAGGGGGAAAAAAAAUCUAUCACAAAGUCUCAUUUCCUGAUGUCUCUGUGCGACUGUCUUGAGUGUGCCAUCUUUACACAUCCAGCCCCUGAGAGACUGCAACCUCUCAGCUGUCUCUUUCUCGCGCUCUCUCACCCAAUAGAUUUCACCGUUGCUGGAGAUCCGUUUCUGUGUUAUUACCGGUUCUUUAAAUCCUCCUCCAGCACAGGAUGAAACUUCACAGACUGACUUGGGCCACGUGCCCAACACAAUAACGCUGAGCUAACACUGUACAAACAGGAAGCCAUUGCAGUGUUACCCUUGUCCCUCACACUUUGUUCCUGUCUUUACUGUUGUGUUCCUCAAAAUCUCUCCUCCCCCUUCCCCCCCUCGCAUACCCAACUGCCUCUAUACCUGGGGUAUUUGCUGGAGGGGGUGGUUUCACGACAAUGAAUGAAAUAACGCACCAAUUUCUGGUAAAUAUAAAUAUAUAUAAAACACUAUAUAUAUAAAGAAAUAUAUAUAGAAAUAUAA